AAAAAAGAAAAGAAAGAAAAAGAACUUUGUUCAAGGGUUUUUUAUGUAUAUGGAUAUUUUCGUCUUUGAGUUGAUUAACUGAUGGUUUAUGAGAGAAUUGAUUUUGGUUUUGAUUUUCCAACAGAAAACUUUUGUAUAUUUUAUAUUUACAUCUAGUUAUAACGUGAAAUACCAAUUUUUCAACCGACUCUAAUUUUUUGAUUGACAUAAAUAACUACGUCUAUUCCGGUUAUUCUUAUUAGCAGAAUCAAUACAAGAAAACCAUGUUUCCUGAAAUCGUUGGCGCAAUUAUGCUUCCUCCCUUGAUAUGGGCAGCGUGGAUUUACAUAAAACAUCUUGUUGACUGUUUAGUUUAUCCCCGAGGACCAUUUCCACUACCUUUUGUAGGAAAUGCAUAUCUCUUCAGUAAAGGCAAACCUUAUAAAGAAUUUGUUAAACUUGGAAAAACUUACGGCAAUGUAUUUGGCUUUAGCAUUGGUUCAAUACGAUAUGUAGUCGUGAACAGCUUGGAAGGUAUUCAAGAAGUUUUAAUUAAAAAAGGUUCACAUUUUGCUGGUCGUCCAAAGAUUGCUACAUUCAACAGAAAUACGAACAGCCUCAUUAACAGUGAUCCAGGCCCGCGUUUUAAAAUUUUACGAAAGUUAGCAUCAUCUUCUUUGAAAAUUUACGCUGAGGGUUUAUUGGGAAUGGAAAGAAUAGCAAUCAGUGAAUAUUGUGAACUGAGUAAAAAGUUACAAUCAAUAAAAGAAAAACCAGUAUCGGUUCAUAAAAUAAUGGAGCAAAGCACACUUAACAUUAUUUGUACCAUUCUUUUUAAUCAUCGCUACGAGGAUGACAACCAGGAGUUUCAGGAUAUCAUAAAAUACUCAAGUUUAAUCGUUCAAACUUUUAAUGAAACCAGUUACGUAUCUUCCAUUCCAUUGCUGCGCUAUUUCCCAACGGCAACGUCGCGAAAUAUUUUUGAAAUCAUAAGGCUUCGUGAUCCGAUUUUAAAACGAAAACUCCAAGAGCACAGAAAAUCUUACGAUGAGAAUAAUUUACGUGACAUAACCGAUGCAUUAAUAAAAGUGUCUUUAGAUUCAGAGAUGGGUGAAGAAUUAACUGAAAAGAUUACUGAUGAUAAUAUUGAGUUUCUUUUAAACGAUUUUAUGAUUGCUGGAUCCGAAACUUCAUCAAGUACUAUUCUUUGGUUUAUUGUUUACAUGUUACAUUGGCCAGAAUACCAAAAUAAACUUUAUGAUGAAAUUACUAAAGUAGCAUCAGAUAACCGUUAUGUAUCUUUAAAGGAUCGACCUAUGCUUCAUUUAAUGCAAGCUGCAAUUCAUGAAACACUUAGACUGUCAUCGGUGGUACCUCUUGGUUUGGUUCAUAAAGCAAUGGAGAACAGUAGCAUUUGUGGCAAGUUUGUUCCUAAGGGAGCUCUUAUUUUAACAAAUUUAUGGAGUAUGCAUCACGAUGAAAGCUAUUGGAAAAAUGCAAUGAGUUUUUACCCGGAACGUUGGCUGGAAAAAUCUGGCGAGUUCAAUUAUAAAUUGGGGUACGCAUAUUUACCGUUUUCUAAUGGACCUCGUAGUUGUUUAGGAGAAACAUUGGCAAAAACAGAGUUGUUUGUGUUUAUUACACGAUUACUUAAAGAUUACCGAUUUGAAAUGCCAACUGGAAAAGAGUUACCUUGUUUAGAUGGUCGUUCUGGAAUCACCUCCCCUCCUAAUGACUUUGAAGUCGUGAUAAUUCCAAGAAAUUAACUAUUUUUGCUUCACUUUUCUGUAUUUUUGCUUUAUAUAAUAUUUAAAAAUUUCAAAAAUAUUUAAUAACCAAGGAAACGUAGAAAAGCAAGAUAAAAAGUUGUUAAAAAAAGUUUCU